AUGAAAUGCAACGACCAUAAGAUAACCGCACGAUGCCAUGUCUCAGAUUGUCCUUGGAGAAUAAAGGCGCGUCAAGUACCAGGAAUUGCUCAAUGGUGGGUGAAGAAAUUUGAUUCGCAACACACUUGUAGCAGGGCAAUAGGGGGAUUGGGCCACAGGAAUUGCGAUGCGGCUUUUAUAGCAGCAUUUGUUAGGGAGCAGGUGGUGGCAAACGAGAAAUACACGCUGAAGAUGGUUCAGACCGAGAUUCUUCGGCAGCACGGCGUAAAAAUUUCAUACUGGAAAGCCUACCGGGCCAGAGAAUUGGUCCUUCAAGAGAUGCGCGGCGAUUUCGAGAGCUCGUUCGCUCUACUUCCCUCGUACAUGCAAGAGUCGAGGAGUGGAGAUGCGGAAACAUGUUUCCAAUUACUUUACCAGGACAAGGGUCAUUUUCACCAUUUCUUCUGGGCAUUCGGUGCAGCGAUUCGAGCAUUCAGGAAGCACUGCAGGCCGUUGAUUGAAACCUUCCUAACAGGUAAGUUUAGAGGUUGUCUGCUGACGGCAUCAUGUAUUGAUAGGAAUAACUGCAUAUUGCCAUUGGCGUGGGCAGUUGUUGAAGCUCAUGGUUAUUGUAUUUACCAUCUGUCUACCAAUCUCCUGCACGCGCCAAAGAAUACACCUGCGUGGAGAAGAUUUUGGGCGGCGGCGCGUGCAUACACUGUCGCGGAGUUUAACGAACACAUGGGAAAGAUGAAGGAGUUGAACCCCGAACAAUACAAGUAUGUGGUCAAGCUUCCUCGGCAUAGGUGGGCUACCGAUUGCUUCCUAGGAAGGCGUUAUUCAAUGCUCACUUCCAAUUGUGCCGAGACGAUAAAUAGUGUAAUUCGACAUUUAAAGGGCCUUCCAAUUACCUAA